UUAUCUUUUGUUGUGUUUCGUGGUUCCAGUGUCGUGAUCAUUUGACAUGUUUUGUGACCUGUGAGUGUGUGAACACCAAACUUGACAUUGGACUUAGAACUCUAAUUUCAGGUUUGUUGUCAUCAUCUUUCUCUGCUUGUCAUUCCCUCCCCUCUAUCCUUCCUAGGCUGAUUUUAUUUGAAGAUUGAAUGUGAAUUCUGUCUUUGCCCAUCUGUCAGUGGAAUCAUCUGCUCUUAGAGCAUCUCACCAAAGCGUCUCGAAUCUUGUGUCUCCAGUUGUCACAGACGUUUUGAGGACAAGUCUCAUAUCUCAGAGUACCUCCUGGAGCUUAACCUGGCAUGCUACAGAUAAUUUUAAAAGAGAACAAACAGCCAUUUUCAAAACUGAAAGCUUUCAUUUUCCCUUCAUUCCCGGAAGAAGUGAUUAAAACAAAAACACGAUUUCUCCUUUACUCUUCAACGUGGUUAAUGAUGUGAUCAUUGAGCUCUGGCUAGAAAUGUCAUUUACCUGUGUUGUUUUUUCUCUUCCAGUCUCACUAGUCCAAAAAAACUUGUUAGGCUUCACUUUCCCCUUCUCCCUAUUUUUGCUGCUGCUGCCCUUAGGCCUUGACCACCUCUUGCCUCGUGAGACGGUUUAAGCGGAAGCAUCUUACAGCCGUCGACUGCCAACAUCUGGCUCGGAGUCACUUGGCCGUGACCCAGGCCUUCGGUCAAAGAUGGACAAACAGAGACACAAACCACGGUCUCUAUCCUAGACCCAGAACCAAAAGAGGGACUGGAGGUCGAGGAUGCCCGGGAUACAACCCUGAAUUCUUCCUUGCUGGCCAGCAGCGGUGCACCAAUGACAUGGCCAAAAGCAAUUCUGUGGGCCAGGACACCUCUAAGGACUCGGAGGACGAGAUGAUUUUUGCUGCAGAAGGCCACUGCGCCCUGCCUCAGGGAGGUGAUGGAACAGCAUGGCCACGCUCAUCAGGGAAGCGGUCUCGGUCCUUCGAGGACGAGAGGAAUCAAGCCACAGGGACCAGUCAGUGGGAUGGGGUUUCUAGGAAGACCCCACGGCAUCAUCUGUCCCUGUCGUGCACACAGCCCAGGGAAGGCAGGCAGGAAGCAGAGGACAGUGUGUCAUGGUUCUCUGCACAGCCUGGAGAAUCCAGCCAGGAGGUGGAGGACAUUGGUCCUGAUCCUGUUCCUGACUCUUGCUAUGGGCUUCUUGGGACCUCGUCCUGCCAGGAACCCCAGAGCCACAUCUGCAGCCUGCCCAGCGAGGUCCUGAGGCACAUCUUUGCUUUCCUCCCCAUGGAAGACCUCUACUGGAAUCUGAGCUUGGUGUGCCACUUUUGGAGGGAGAUAAUCAGUGAUCCACUGUUCAUUCCUUGGAAAAAGCUGUAUCACCGAUACCUGAUGAAUGAAGAGCAAGCUGUCAGCAAAGUGGACGGCAUCCUCUCGAGCUAUGGCAUAGAGAAGGAGUCAGACCUGUGUGUGCUGAACCUCAUCCGCUACACAGCCACCACUAAGUGCUCCCCGAGUGUGGACCCUGGACGGGCGUUGUGGAGUCUGAGGGAUCACCUCCUCCUCCCCGAGGCAGAGGCCUGCGUGCGCCAACACCUCCCUGAUCUCUACGCUGCCCCUGCCGGUGUCAACGUGUGGGCCUUGGUGGCGGCUGUCGUCCUCCUGUCCAGCAGCGUCAAUGACAUCCAGCAGCUGCUUUUCUGCCUCCGGCGGCCCAGCUCCACAGUGACCAUGCCAGACAUCACCGAGACCCUGUACUGCAUUGCUGUGCUGCUCUACGCCAUGCGGGAGAAAGGGAUCAACAUCAGCAACCGGAUUCACUACAACAUUUUCUAUUGCCUGUAUCUUCAGGAGAAUUCCUGUGCUCAGGCCACAGAAGUGAAAGAGGAACCAUCGGUCUGGCCAGGCAAGAAAACAACCAUCCAGCUGACACAUGAACAACAGCUGAUCCUAAGCCAUAAGAUGGAACCUCUCCAGGUGGUAAAAAUUAUGGCAUUUGCAGGCACUGGGAAGACCUCCACCCUGGUCAAGUACGCUGAGAAGUGGUCCGAGAGCAGGUUUCUAUAUGUGACCUUCAACAAGAGCAUCGCCAAGCAGGCUGAGCUUGUCUUCCCCAGCAAUGUCAUCUGCAAGACCUUCCACUCCAUGGCCUACGGACACAUCGGGCGCAAGUACCAAUUGAAGAAGAAGUUGAAUCUCUUCAAGUUAACCCCCUUCAUGGUCAACUCUGUCCUCGCUGAAGGGAAGGGUGGCUUCAUAAGGGCCAAGCUAGUAUGUAAGACUCUGGAAAACUUCUUUGCCUCGGCUGACGAUGAGCUGACGAUCGACCACGUGCCCAUCUGGUGUAAGAACAGCCAGGGACAGAGAGUCAUGGUCGAGCAGAGCGAGAAGCUGAACGGUGUCCUCGAAGCGAGCCGACUCUGGGACAACAUGCGGAAGCUGGGCGAGUGCAAGGAGGAGGCUUACCAUAUGACGCACGACGGCUACUUGAAACUCUGGCAGCUCAGCAAGCCUCUGCUGGCUUCUUUUGACGCCAUCUUUGUGGACGAGGCCCAGGACUGUACCCCAGCGAUCAUGAACAUAGUUCUGUCUCAGCCAUGUGGGAAAAUCUUCGUGGGGGACCCACACCAACAGAUCUAUACCUUCCGAGGUGCAGUCAACGCUCUGUUCACAGUCCCUCACACUCACGUCUUCUAUCUCACACAGAGUUUUAGGUUUGGUGUGGAAAUUGCCUAUGUGGGAGCUACGAUCUUGGAUGUCUGCAAGCGAGUAAGAAAAAAGACUUUGGUUGGAGGCAACCAUCAGAGUGGCAUUCGAGGUGACACGAAGGGGCAGGUGGCCCUGCUGUCCCGGACCAACGCCAACGUGUUUGAUGAGGCCGUCCGGGUGACGGAUGGAGAAGUGCCUGCCCGGAUCCACCUGAUAGGGGGGAUUAAAUCAUUUGGAUUGGACAGAAUCAUUGAUAUUUGGACGCUUCUUCAGCCGGAGGAAGAACGGAAGAGACGAAACCUCGUCAUUAAAGACAGGUUCAUCAGAAGGUGGGUGCACAGAGAGGGCUUCAGCGGCUUCAAGCGGUAUGUGACUGCGGCCGAGGACAAGGAGCUGGAAGCCAAGAUUGCAGUCGUGGAGAAAUACAACAUCCGGAUUCCAGAGCUGGUGGAAAGGAUAGAGAGAUGCCACAUAGAGGACUUGGACUUUGCAGAGUACAUCUUGGGCACUGUGCACAAGGCCAAAGGCCUGGAGUUUGACACUGUGCAUGUCCUGGAUGAUUUCGUGAAAGUGCCUUGUGCUAGGCACAACCUCGCUCAGCUGCCCCACUUCAGAGUUGAGUCGUUUUCUGAGGACGAGUGGAAUUUACUGUAUGUAGCAGUAACUCGUGCCAGGAAGCGUCUCAUCAUGACCAGGUCACUGGAGAACAUCUUGACUUUGGCUGGGGAAUACUUCUUGCAAGCAGAGCUGACGAGCAAUGUUUUGAAGACAGGCGUGGUCCGCUGCUGCGUGGGGCAGUGCAGCAACGCCAUCCCCAUGGACACCGUGCUCACCAUGCGGAAGCUGCCCAUCACCUAUAGCAACAGGAAGGAAAACAAGGGUGGGUACCUGUGCCACUCAUGCGCGGAGCAGCGCAUUGGGCCGCUGGCCUUCCUGACUGCCUCCCCCGAGCAGGUGCGCGCCAUGGACCGCACCGUGGAGAACAUCGUGCUGCCCCGGCACGAGGCCCUGCUCUUCCUCGUCUUCUGAGGUGCAGGGAGCUCUCUCCUCCAGCCAGGAUGCUGGGCAGACAGACUCUUGCCUCCGCGGACGGCGGCAUGGGGGGCUUCCUCCCCGAGACCGGACUCACUCACAGAGCAUCUUCCAAGGAAGAUGAAGCCGACUGGAGCUGGACUUGCCAUGUCUCCACCCCUGGAGGUAGCCAGACCCCACUGCCCCUCCUCCACGCCAGCAGGCCAGGGAUGCAGGGGAUGGUCUUUUGAUAAAAAAAAAAAAAAAGAAAAAGAAAAAGAAAAAAAAAGAAAAAUUAUGUAUUUAAACUUUUAUUACAAGGUUUCGAUUAAACAGGCAUUGUAGCACUGGUGUUCCACUGUGUGACGGCCCCUGCCUUCAGCCCUGCUUUUUCUGGACUUUCUCCUUUUCUCCUCUUACUCUUUUCAAAGCUCUGUAACUGUUCACAGUGCACACCAAGCAGAGUAGGAGGCUUAUUGUCCAGGGUGACAACUAAUGCAUCAAAAAUGAGAUUUUUUGUGCUGUGGGGAAUCACACAUGUAUAAGACACAGGGUGUGCCUUUGUUAUCACGGGGUUCACAGCCUGAACAGGGAGGCAACAUGACAUAUAACAAGACAAGUACAAAGUGACACUAGCUAGACACCUUGUGUUCCCACAGGUAGAACAGAAGACCAGAAAUACCUGAGAGGGAGGUGGAGUAGGCCAGCCACGUUGUAGGGGAGACAGGAACAGGUGGAGAUGGGCAGCUGGUACCUAGUUCACUGCCUGGGGAUGCUGGGUGGAUGUUGUAAUAAAGCUGUUCUUAUAGAGACCAGUGGAAAAACCCACGUCGCUUAGCCGUACAUGGAUCUGGUUUUUUACAUUUUUGCCAUGCAGCACUUCAGGGAUGCAGAUGGCAGGUGAGGGCAUUGCCCAGAGAGUUCACCAGCUAGUGUCUGAGCCCAGUCAGCGGAGUGGAGAGCAGACUCCUAGCCUCGUUGUUGCGGCCGCCCCUAACCUCUCCCACGUCAGGCCUCUAGUGGAGUUUAGCGAGCAGGCCGGUGAGUAAAGCAAGGGUGCUGUUGGAUCGGGCUGGGGUGCUUGGAAAGGGUGAGGGACAUGUUAAUGUCUGCAUAUGGCAGAGAAUUCACAGAAUGGUCCCUGAAGACAGAGGUGGGAUGGGGUGCUUUGAUAUGCUCCGCCGGCAUUCCUGGCCUGGCCUGGCCUCGCCUCAUUUGGUGCUUUUGGUUAACUCAGAGCAAAACAGCACGUGAAAGGAAAUGGUUUGGAUUUGGAGGUCACAGUGCUCAGAGUCGUUCAGAAGAGGGGUUUGUGGGGGUGGGUGGCAAGAGGGGCCAUGAACACGUUUUCUGGAAAUCUGCUUUUACCAACCAGAGAGGAAGCAGCUUAUUUAUUGGGGAGAAGUCAUGAGUUCUGUAGGCCUUCUCAGAGCACCUGAUGUAGGGCAGGGCCCUGGUCACGGGUGUCUGCAGUCAGCUGUGGUCCUGACUCGGAGAGGUGACAGUAAGAGUUGUGAUGGGUGUGGGGUGUUUGAAGGUGGGCUGCUCUGGUGUGGGGCAGAGGGCGUCCAGAGAGGGGGCCGCACUGCUGCUCUGGGGUGGGAGGGGUGUCUCUCUCAGAGGGGAGGUCGGAGGACCACCAAAGCGGGUGGUGCUGGAGCUGUUUUUAAUAACGGGGUGAGUCGUUAGCUAUUAAAGAAGAAAAGAAUAUUCUAGAAAGAAGGAACAGUAUGAUGGUGUUGGUGGUCAUGGCACUACCAGGGCAAAAUGUCAGCACUAGUAUUUUGGUACUUAUUUAAAAAAUAAUAGGAUCCAGGAAUUGAUGCUGGUACUUU